AGGAGCAAACCCAGCGAAGCGAUUACGAAAAUCGCAGAACACAGCUCUUAACUCUGUAAAACUCUGUAAAAAAACAGUCUUCGGCUUUCAGCUUGAGAACUGUGAAGAGGUAGCAGCAUAAGCAUUUGUACUCAGCUCUCAGAUCUUGACUCUUUGCUCCCUCCGAUUCCAAAACGCAAUGGACGCUCUGAGAAAACAAGCCAGUAAGCUCAGAGAACAAGUCGCCAAACAACAACAGGCUGUGAUAAAGCAGUUUGGUGGAACUGGGUAUGAGAGCUCUGAUGUAAUGGUUAUCGAUGAGGUCGAGUUGCAGAGACAUCAACAACUAGAGAAACUCUACAGGGCCACUCGCAAUGGAAGGGAUUUUCAAAAAGAAAUUGUUAAAGCAGCAGAAACGUUUACUGCCAUAGGCUAUAAGCAUAUUGAAACAGGAACCAAGUUGUCUGAGGAUUGCUGCAAAUAUGGAGCUGAAAACAUAAAUGAUAACAUUUUGGCUAAGGCUGCAUCUAUAUAUGGAGAUGCUCGUAAACAUGUGGAAAAGGAGCAAGAGGACUUUAAUAAGCUGUUAUCAUCGCAGGUUUUAGAUCCCUUGAGAGCAAUGAUCGCUGGUGCUCCUUUGGAAGAUGCUCGUCAUCUUGCUCAACGUUAUAGUCGUAUGAGACAGGAAGCGGAGACUCAGGCACUAGAAGUUUCCAGAAGACAAGCACGGGUAAGGGAAUCUCCAAUGCCUGAAAAUGUUGCAAAGCUGCAUGCAGCAGAAGCAAAAAAGCAGGAACUAAAAGCAAACAUGGCCGUUCUGGGUAAAGAAGCUUCAGCUGCAUUAGCUGCUGUUGAUGCACAGCAGCAAAGGCUGACCUUCCAGAGGCUUGUUUCAAUGGUUGAAGGAGAAAAGACUUAUCAUCUAAGAAUAGCUGCUAUUCUUGGGGAGGUUGAAGCUGAGAUGGUCUCAGAGAAACAGCGGAAAGAAUCUGCUCCCCCUGUUAUUUCGUCAGAGAAUGGCCCAGAGAAAACGACGUACUUCUUGGCUGAGGUAACACAUACUUUUAAUGCUGAAUCGGAGAAGGAACUGAGCUUGUCAGUAGGUGACUACGUUGUUGUGCGGAAGGUGAGUCCAUCAGGAUGGUCGGAAGGAGAAUGCAGAGGUAAUGCUGGAUGGUUUCCAUCAGCAUACGUGGAGAAGCGCCAAAGGAUUCCUACUGCUGAUGUGGCUGGGGAAGUUUACUAAGCAGUACCCAGAUGGAAGGCUUCUCUUUUGUUAGUACUGAAAACAAAAUUGGGGAUGUGGCAUUUAGCUGGUUGGCAGAGGAAAUACAUUAAUUUACAACUAGAGCAAUAUAAAUUAAAGGCCAACAAAUAUGAUAACUAAUCUAUGGCCGAAAAAGAAACAACAAUAAGUAGCAAUCCCAGCCAUAUUUUUCGGGGGCAUGUUUGUUCAUUACUUCAUUGUAAAGUUUUUAUGUGCACAUGGUGCUAGUACUACACCAAAAAACUGAGUGGAUGUUAUUAGUUUUGGUCUUUUCUACUUAAAAAAAGGUGAUAGUAGAGGUUACUAGUUAAAAUC